AUGACAAUUUUAACUGAACCAAAUAUUAGGAACUUUUUGCUUGAUAAGAGCCAAAGGUUUACACCAGAGGAUAUGCAUAAAGAACUUAUUGAAGAAUCUGCUCAUAGUGCCCAAUUUUCUCAUGAUGAAAUUCCUAAGGUAGAAACUAUACGUAAUUGGGUUUCUAGAUACUCGGCAGAAAUGAAAAGAGAUGUAGCUGAUAAAAUCUAG